CUGACGAGAAUGCACAUCAUCAUGGCGGUGGCCGUACAGGCGGACAGCCUUAAGCAGAGAGGCACCAAGUACUUCACGCUAGAGUACGCCACAGACGACGCUGAUAACUUCACCACGUACAUGGGAUUCGGCAAUGAAGCCAAGAUCAUAGAUGGCCAGCCACAGGCACGGCAGACGACACGGUGUUGCUGCGCUGGCUUCCCGUUGCCCAUCACGGCGCAGUAUGUGCGUCUGCUGCCGAUACAAGCUGCCGACAACAACGGCAUCGGACUGCGCAUGGACCUGUAUGGAUACGAGUGGUCAGACCGUGACCGCUCCUGCGACACCCACUGGCAACUGGAGAGCUACGUAGGCUGGCAGCUAGGCGACUACGGUUACCGUGCCGAGCAGCCGACGCUUGCCGAUUGCCACACGGAGUGCCUCCACCUGAAGCCCUUCCCAUGCCGCUCGCUCAACUACGAUGACGUCACGCAGCUGUGCACGCUGAAUAACGGCACGGCGGUGACGAAGCGAGGCCAGUACGAACAGACGACAGCAGCUGACGUGAAUCUGGGGAACUAUUACGAGCUGACGUGUCAACCGAGAUGCAAGGAGGAUUUUAACGUGAUAACGAGCGGCAUGUGUGAUUUCAUUGAUGACGUCAGCGUACGCAAUCUUGGCUCAGGAGAUGUCGCGGCCUGUAAGCAGCUCUGCUUGUCCGAAACUUUGUUUACGUGCAGAUCGUUUAACUACAACAGAGUGACGCCAGCGUGUGAGCUGUUUCAGCAAACCUAUCUAAAGCAGCACCUGACGUGCACGGACCAAGCUAUCUACGACUACUACGAGAAAACCUCAGGCUGUCCAGAAUAUCCAUAGCCCUGUCGGCCUGGUCAAUCGUUGACA